AUGUUCAAGACGCUCAAGGAAUUGAAGGAACGCCGGGGAGCCGAGCUCAUCGCUGAACAGAAGUUCAACAAACAGGAAUUCGAGAGUCAAGUCAGCGAGCAUCAGAAGCGGGACGUGAUCGCGAGGGUGACCGCCCUGAACGGUCCUGGUCAGAGAUGUUGUUGCGAGGACCGGAAGCUCGGUACAACAGUCCUGCGGGUGGAGCAGCUCGAGACCACCGGCCUACUAUUCGCUGACAAGGCCGCGAGGACCAACUUCAUGGUUAGCAAGGCUCCUUGCCGCUUGUGUGGAGUCGAGUUGGCCAAGGAGACCGAGUUCCUCGCGAGGAUGGCCACAGCUCCUGCCCGCAAGGUUUGCUCAGGAGACGGAAUGCGGAAGUAUUUCUCGCAACGCUUCCGUUUGAUCUCGAGGUACCAAGCAAGCCUCGCACUGAGCCGAACGGCCUGGUUCUCGGUGUCUCCGGAGGAGAUCUCCAAGCACAUCGCGAGGAGAGUCAUCGCUCUCAGCCGGAGACUGGGGAGGAAAAUCCGGGUCUUCGAUCCCUUCUGUGGCGCCGGCGGCUUCAUCGUUCAGGCAGCCGUCAUGGACGAGGUUUCGAAAGUCUUCGCCUCCGACAUCAACGAAUACGAAGUCAACAGCGCGCGUCGGAUGGCGAGACUUUACGGCGUCCCGGAGGAGAAGAUUUCCUUCAAAGUCAGCAACUUCUUCGACUUGGAGGAGGAUCUAUUCAAAAACCCGAUCGACGCCAUCAUCUGCGGUCCUCCUUGGGGUGGCCCUUCGUACUCGAAUGGCCUAUUCGAUCUCGAGAAGAUGGAGCCCGAUUUCGUCAAGAUCCUUCGGCACUGCGCCAAAUUCUCACCGAACAUCGCCCUCUUGAUGCCGAAGAACAUGGCCCUGGAUCAGAUCCAUCGGAGUGCUAGAGUUGCGGGCUUGACGGGCGGU